GGGAGUCGCCAUACGUCGCUCGCACGUGGCACGUCGUGUUAAUUGAAUUCUAACGAGACAUAGUCGCGGCGACAUAGCCGAGGAACAAUAUCGAAGAGGUCGCGGACUCGCUUCGUCGGAAUCGCUUCGGAACCCGUUCGCACGCGAAAAUUCUUUUGUUUAUAGUGCACUCGUGUUGUGUGGUCGCCGAUUGUCGCCGGCUCAUGAUCGUUAAUAACAAUAGUCACGAGCGAUGCACUAGCAGGUACCGUAUUCUCUGCUUCCUCUGCAAAUUUCCGCGAAACGCGUCGCUAUAAUUAUGAUUCUGUCAUUUUUGUCGUCGUCGUCGUACGACAGACUGGUGUAAUUUCGAUGUAAUUAAAAGUUCAACGAUUAAAUGUCACGUUCUUUUCAAACGAAAACCGUGACGACGGGCGGUGCCUGAGGAAGAAAGUAGCAAAUGCGGGAAGAACGAGUAAUUUAAGGCCGUGAACGCUCUCAAUUGUCACAAGUCUUUAAUGAAAUCCAACGGCCGGCGACAAACCUCGGCCGCGUCAUCGACCAGAAACGCUCGAAGAAUUCUUCGCCGUGCCCUCGAGUGCAUGACAAUAACUCUGUUAACUUUGACAAGUCGAGGAGAGUAAUGCGCGCAAUUUGGGGAUGUUGCGACAAAUAAUCAUGUUUACGUCAUUGUCCGUAUCACGUAAGUUCUCUCGGUGAAAGAUCUCAAAUUUGUGCGAACUGUGACCACCUUUUACCAUCGCGAAACAACGAAUGCCGGCAAUAAUAGCAACACCAACAACAAUGGAAAUGGAUGCAAACAUCAACGACAUAUUAUGCGAAGUAAUAACAUUCUUGGAAUGUCUCCGGGACGCGCAACUCCAACCCGCGCUGGAGAGCUUGCGGGAGAAACUGCUGCAACGCUCAAAAAAUACCCUAAGCGCUAUCAAGAAGACUUCCUCGUCUCCGGAACCUUAUCUGGACAUGAACUCCGGUCCAAAGACCAUACUGCUCACGAAAAACGAGAACGAUACGGAAGAAUACGUAGGUAUGGAAGAAUCCCCACAGAAGCAAAACCAUCAAGAUUACUAUGAGACUUUCGAGCACGAGAGCCAGCCCAAGAUGGUACUAAUCGCGGCUGAGAACGUGGAAAGAGCUCGGAGCGAACAGGACAAUGAGGAAGGUAAUCAGGCGUUGAUGAAUAUCUAUAAGAAUCUAUCGGCGGCGCAGAGCAAGAGCAAGUGCCACAAGUGCGGUCCGUUGCACCGGAAGGAAGGCAAGAAGUUAUUCAUGCCGGAGAACCGUGCCUGCUGGGUCGCACUAGUGGGCUCUCAUUUGUUGAUCUACCGUAACGAACGGCACGCUCGACCGGGCACGAUCUACCCAAUUCGCGGCUACAUGGCGCGACCGGCGCCGAAUCUGCUGCCCCGCGAUCAACAGAAGAGCGACUCGGCCUUCGAGAUCUUUUGUCCAGGCAACGAGACAUUACAGUUCAUCGCGAGGACAUCGAAGGACAUGCAUCAAUGGGUAGCGAAGAUUUGCGAGGUUGGUUGCGGCAACGAAGACGAAAAGGACCUUGGGAACAAGAGCAACGCGAGCAACGAGGCCUCGGUGAAUCAUUGCGAGGAUAACGCGACUAGCCCUCGACGUCAUAAAACCGGCAAGUCGGCUGACAACGUGAAGAAGAAGUCGCCAGCCAAAUCAAAGACGAAGAGCAAGGCCAGGAAGGACACGACGGAGAGCCCACCAUCGCUACCCACUCGGAUACCACGAAGACUGCCUUCUAUACCUACCAAUGACUCCGUGCCUUCUCAUAAACCCAUCGAGAUCUACGAUGACAACGAUGAUAUUUACUAUAGGAUCGAUGAAUUGAAUGGCAGGACGGCUUAUCAGAAUGUAAUGUUGGCGAAGAACCAAUGCAUCAAUGUCGGCGAUAAUGAGCAUGGGAAGGCUGCCGGGUACGAUGAUGUGUGCGCGUCCAAGGGAGAAAAGGAAAGUCAGGUGCAGGAGGAGAAGUCCGCGGUAUCAGGCGAGGAGAAGUUGUAUGACGAUAUCUUUGAAAUGUCGCGGAUCAAAGCGAGCACCGAGGAAGAGAAAGUGCAGGACGGCGAUCGUCCUAUCGCCGUUGACGAUGGAGAAGAAUCCGUUUACGACGACGUAGAGAACUUAUUGGGGAAAUCCACUAAGGACCGCGUGAAAGAUCAAAUAGAAACGUCGAGUAAGUUCCUUCAGAAGAAGUCCUUCCUGAAGAAAGUCUGGAGCAGAAAGGAGUCGCCUGGAAAAACGGAAAAGAGAUUACGAGGCAAAGUUUCAUCGAGCCCAAUACCAUCGUCGUUAGCUACAGAAGUGAUGUCCACUUAUGACGACGUAUCCGAUUUGAUGUCACAUCCAGAAUCCUUAGCGGAUAACGGAGAAAAUGAAUUACCGGAAUACAAUUGUCCUCCACCUCCCAGGCCGGUUUAUACGAAAUCACCGUCGAUCGUGAACCAAGUCGAUCCAAAUCCGACCGGAGAAUUUUACGACGACAUCAGCGCAUGCCGGGAACAGCAUAGUAAAAACAACCAGCAAACGAUCUUACAAUCGACGCAGGAAUCGUGCGCGAGCGUGAAGGAAGCCAAAAACGAUGCGACGGAGCUGAGAACGAACGGGGAACUUCCCGAAGAGGAGAUUGAGCACUAUCAGUCACCAAGGAGCGACUUGUGUAUUCGUGACGCUCCGGAGUAUCAGAACGAAGACUUGUACGACGACAUCGCGUUAAGUGUUAACUUUAAGGUACGACAAAGAGACACUAACGAAAAAAGGGAUAGCGAGGACAGCAAGUCAAUGAUCAGUUUCGACACAAAGUCGUGGAAUCGGUUUACCGUAAACAGGAAUCGGCGAUCGGGAGAGCCCGCGUGUCUCGCCGAAACGAACAGACGAAACACAGAUGACAGCGAGGAGUUCGAUGACUCGACCGAAGCUAAUGGCACGUCUAAGAGGAACACUUUUCAGAAGUUGAUCAGUAGAAUGGAGAAUUCUCUCGCUAAGGUCUCCGUGAGGGGACCGACUUCGCUUCCGAUGAAUAAACCGAAUACAGUGAAUAACAAUUCGUAAUAUCAUCGUACAAAUACAGCACAUAGAUGUGAUAGAGCUUUACAUGUAAAAAAGAAUAAAAUUGAUAAAAAAAGCCGAAAGAAUAAAAUUUAGAAUAUUUUUACUUCGUUUUUACUAUAGAUUGCUCAGUGUAACAGAGUUACGUAUAAAACGAUGUUUAAAUGAUUUUCUUUUCACUAUAUAUUUAUUGAAAUUGCUCGAGAUUUCUAGCUUGUUCAAUCAGAAAAUUCGAAUAUGAUUGGAAUUACAUAAGUAAGGCAAGCGAGGCGUGUAUAAAUCGUCAUAUGUAUAAAUUAUAAUGUUAUUAAUCAUAUAACAAUGAUGUAUAUCAGUGUAAAAUAAGCGAACAAAUAAAAUAUGAAAAAGAAUAUUUA